GGAAGUUACGGCAAGAAUCAACCACCGACUUCCGACAUGCGAAGCCCAGGGUACGGCAUCCGCGGAAGUCACAGUUCGGAACCGUCUACGAUGGAAAAACAACGGGCGUUCAACAAUAAUUUGGAUGAACUCGAUUCUCUCCUCUUGGAUCUGAGUAGCAAGUAUGGGACGUCGACUCCAGAUAACAUGAAUGGCUCUGGCGGAAACUACAAUGGAUCCCUUCACGAAUCAGGAGGGCGCAGUCCUGCCAACUAUUCAAGACCCUCUAGCGCCCAAAGUACUCUCAAUAGGCCUUCUGUCGAUAGUCUUCUCGACGAACUUAAUUCUGGACAUAACCUAGCCCUUUUUAUUUCUCAGGUGAACCAGGGGCUUCAACACCAGACCGUCUCCGAUUCGCAGUACGCGCUGCCCAUCAAAGCAAUUCAAUCGCAAAGCGCUCCCCCAGCAAAGCAGAAUUUGGAUUCUAUGCUAGGGAACCUACAGGCAGACAUGAGCCGCCAAGGAGUCAACACAAGUCAGAAGGGGUGCUGCAACGCCUGCGACAAACCAAUCGUCGGUCAGGUAAUUACGGCACUUGGAAAAACCUGGCAUCCCGAGCACUUCACCUGCGCCCACUGCACUCAGGAGCUCGGCACGAGGAACUUCUUCGAACGGGAAGGGAAGCCCUUCUGCGAACCGGACUACCACAACCUGUUCAGUCCCAGAUGCGCUUACUGCAACGGUCCCAUUUUGGAUAAAUGCGUCACCGCUCUGGAGAAGACAUGGCAUACGGACCACUUUUUCUGUGCCCAAUGCGGCAAACAAUUUGGAGAGGAUGGUUUCCAUGAACGCGAAGGAAAGCCAUACUGUCGCGAUGACUACUUCGAUAUGUUUGCCCCUAAAUGCGGUGCUUGCAAUCGCGCUAUCAUGGAAAAUUAUAUUUCCGCUCUGAAUUCGCAGUGGCACCCUGAUUGUUUCGUAUGCAGAGUAAGUAUGAUAUAUGUAUGAUGAGACAAAUCUAAU